AUGUGCCGGAUAGCGGGAACGCCGCCGCGGAUCUUGCCGCCGCUGGCGCUGAUGUUGCUGGCGGCCCUGCAGCAGGCACCGAUAAAAGCAACUUGUGAAGACAUGUUGUGCAAGAUGGGAUUUCCUGAAGAUGUGCACAGUGCGGUCGUGUCGAGGAGUGUACAUGGAGGACAGCCUCUGCUGAAUGUGAGGUUUCAGAGCUGUGAUGAAAACCGAAAAAUAUACUUUGGAAGCAGUGAGCCAGAAGAUUUCAGAGUAGGUGAAGACGGUGUAGUAUACGCAGAGAGAAGCUUCCAACUAUCAGCAGAGCCCACAGAGUUUGUAGUGUCUGCUCAAGACAAGGAAACUCAGGAAGAAUGGCAAAUGAAGGUGAAGCUAACCCCUGAACCAGCAUUCACAGGGAUCUCAGAAAAGGACCAAAAGAAAAUUGAAGACAUCGUAUUUCCAUGGCAACAAUAUAAGGACAGCAGCCAUCUGAAGAGACAGAAGAGAGACUGGGUUAUCCCUCCAAUCAACCUACCAGAAAAUUCCAGAGGACCUUUUCCUCAAGAAUUAGUUAGGAUUAGGUCUGAUCGUGAUAAAAGCCUUUCGCUACGGUACAGUGUGACUGGCCCAGGAGCUGACCAACCUCCAACAGGAAUCUUCAUCAUCAACCCCAUCUCAGGACAGCUGUCUGUGACAAAGCCUUUAGAUCGGGAGCAGAUUGCUUCUUUUCAUCUGAGAGCACAUGCAGUGGAUGUAAAUGGAAACCAGGUGGAAAAUCCUAUUGAUAUUGUGAUUAACGUCAUUGAUAUGAAUGAUAACAGACCUGAGUUCUUGCAUCAGGUUUGGAAUGGGACAGUCCCCGAAGGAUCAAAGCCAGGAACCUAUGUGAUGACUGUUACUGCCAUCGAUGCUGAUGAUCCCAAUGCACAGAAUGGGAUGCUGAGAUACAGAAUCUUGUCACAGGCACCAAGCAGUCCCUCUCCCAACAUGUUUACAAUCAACAAUGAGACUGGUGAUAUUAUUACCGUAGCAGCUGGACUUGACAGAGAGAAAGUACAACAGUAUACAUUAAUAAUUCAAGCUACGGACAUGGAAGGAAACCCAACAUAUGGUCUUUCAAACACAGCAACUGCUGUCAUCACUGUGACAGAUGUCAAUGACAAUCCUCCAGAGUUCACUGCUAUGACUUUCUAUGGUGAAGUACCAGAAAACAGAGUGGAUGUCAUAGUAGCUAACCUAACAGUAACAGAUAAAGAUCAGCCACACACGCCUGCGUGGAAUGCGAGGUACCAAAUGACGGGGGGAGACCCGACAGGCCAAUUUACUAUCCUGACCGAUCCAAAUAGCAAUGAUGGGUUGGUAACUGUUGUCAAGCCCAUUGACUUUGAGACCAACAGGAUGUUUGUACUUACUGUAGCUGCAGAAAAUCAAGUGCCUUUGGCUAAGGGAAUUCAGCAUCCUCCUCAGUCAACAGCAACGGUGUCCAUUACAGUCAUUGAUGUGAAUGAGAGUCCAUAUUUUGUUCCAAACCCCAAGCUUGUACGUCAAGAAGAAGGGCUACUUGCUGGUAGCAUGUUGACAACUUUCACUGCUCGGGACCCAGAUCGUUACAUGCAGCAAACCUCCCUAAGGUACUCAAAACUUUCGGAUCCUGCAAAUUGGCUAAAAAUUGACCCUGUUAAUGGACAAAUAACAACCACAGCUGUUUUGGACAGAGAAUCGAUAUAUGUGCAAAACAAUAUGUAUAAUGCAACUUUUCUUGCCUCUGAUAAUGGAAUUCCUCCAAUGAGCGGAACUGGCACACUUCAGAUAUACUUGCUGGACAUCAAUGAUAAUGCUCCCCAAGUGAACCCGAAAGAAGCCACCACUUGUGAAACCCUGCAGCCUAAUGCUAUUAACAUCACUGCUGUAGACCCUGAUAUUGAUCCAAAUGCAGGCCCAUUUGCCUUUGAGCUGCCUGAUUCACCUCCUAGCAUUAAGAGGAAUUGGACUAUUGUUAGAAUUAGCGGUGAUCAUGCCCAGCUUUCUUUAAGGAUCAGGUUCCUAGAGGCUGGUAUCUAUGAUGUGCCCAUAGUAAUUACAGAUUCUGGAAAUCCACAUGCAUCUAGCACUUCUGUGCUGAAAGUGAAAGUUUGCCAAUGUGACAUAAAUGGGGACUGUACUGAUGUUGACCGGAUUGUUGGCGCAGGACUGGGCACUGGUGCCAUCAUUGCAAUUCUGCUUUGUAUCAUCAUCUUGCUCAUUUUAGUGUUGAUGUUCGUAGUAUGGAUGAAGCGCCGUGAUAAGGAGCGUCAGGCCAAGCAGCUCUUAAUUGAUCCAGAAGAUGACGUGAGGGACAACAUUCUGAAAUACGAUGAAGAAGGUGGUGGAGAAGAAGAUCAGGAUUAUGACUUGAGCCAGCUCCAGCAGCCUGACACUGUAGAACCAGAUGCCAUCAAACCUGUUGGAAUCAGACGUCUUGAUGAAAGGCCAAUCCAUGCAGAACCUCAGUAUCCAGUCAGAUCAGCUGCUCCUCAUCCUGGGGACAUUGGGGACUUCAUUAAUGAGGGACUUAAAGCAGCCGACAAUGACCCUACAGCCCCACCAUAUGAUUCCCUCUUAGUCUUCGACUAUGAAGGAAGUGGCUCCACUGCUGGAUCCUUGAGCUCUCUUAAUUCCUCAAGUAGUGGUGGUGAGCAAGACUAUGACUACCUAAAUGACUGGGGCCCACGUUUCAAGAAACUUGCUGACAUGUAUGGUGGAGGUGAUGACUGAACUUCAAAGUGAACUUUGUUUUUGGACAAGUACAAACAUUUCAACUGAUAUUCCCCAAAAGCAUACAGAAGCUAGGCUUUAACUUUGUAGUCUACUAGCACAAGUGCUUGCUGAAGGCUUUGGCAUAGGCUGCAAACCAAUUUGGGCUCCGUGGAAUAUCAGUGAUCCAAUGCUGUUUGGAAAAAAAUGUUGAGCUCAGUUACACUUGAAUUUUACAGUACAGAAGCACUGGGAUUUUAUGUGCCUUUUUGUACCUUUUUCAGAUCGGAAUUAGUUUUAUGUUUAAGGCUUUAAUGGUACUGAUUUAUGAAAUGAUGCAUUAAAGAAACAAGAUAUGUUGGGGUGGGGAGGAGUAAGGUGAAUCACAAUAUGCUUCAAUAUGCUUUUGUUACAUCGCAUUGCUUUUAUUAAAAUAAGGAGACUGAAAAUUAAAAAAAAAAAAUCCUCAUGGAACAAUUUUAUUAUGUGGAAGAGAAGACCAUGAGGUGGAACAAUGUACAUUACUUCUAGUUUUAGAUGUUAGGGGAUUUUUUUCACUAAAAUUCUAAAACUUAUGCAGCUGGUUGCAAAUAAAGGGAGUUUUCAUAUCACCAGUUUGUAGCAGAACUGAUUUAUUUUUUUUUUCCUUAUGCUAGAAUGUUAGACACAUUUUGGUCGCAAUCCAUGUACACUUUCUUUUUUUUUUUUUUUUUUUUUUUUUACUUUCUAGUACUUUUUUCCCACUUCACUGUAAAAAUGGUAUGUGUACAUAAUGUUUUAUUGGCAUAGUCUGUGGAGAAGUGCAGAAACUUCAGAACAUGUGUAUGUAUUAUUUGGACUAUGGAUUCAGGUUUUUGCAUGUUUAUAUCUUUCAUUAUGGAUAAAGUAUUUACAAAACAGGUUGCAAACAAGUGACACUGAAUCAAUUGUUGAACUGUAGUUAGAGUACUCAAUAUUUUUUUUAUUUUUAUUUUUAUUAUUUUUUGUUUGUUUGUUUGGGGAGGGAAAAAAGUUCCUAGCACAAAAGUUUUACA